AUGACCGAGCGCCGCGUGCCCUUCUCGCUCCUGCGGAGCCCCAGCUGGGACCCUUUCCGUGACUGGUAUCCGGUCCACCACCGCCUCUUCGAGCAGGCCUUCGGCAUGCCGCGGCUGCCCGAGGAGUGGUCGCAGAGUUUCAGCCACAGCGGCUGGCCGGGCUACGUGCGCCCGCUCCCCGCGGCCGCGGUCGAGGGCGUCCCGGCGGUGGCCGCGCCCGCCUACAGCCGCGCGCUCAGCCGACAGCUCAGCAGCGGCAUCUCCGAGAUCCAGCACACGCCCGACCGCUGGCGCGUGUCCCUGGACGUCAACCACUUCGCCCCCGAGGAGCUGACGAUCAAGACCAAGGAAGGCGUGGUGGAGAUCAGUGGCAAGCACGAAGAGAGACAGGAUGAACAUGGCUACAUUUCCCGGUGCUUCACUCGAAAAUACACGCUUCCCCCUGGUGUGGACCCCACCCUGGUGUCUUCUUCCCUGUCCCCCGAGGGCACACUCACUGUGGAGGCCCCGAUGCCCAAGCCAGCCAACCAGUCAUCGGAAAUCACCAUCCCUGUCACCUUCGAGGCUCGUGCCCAGCUUGGGGGCCCAGAAGCUGGGAAGUCCGAGCAAUCUGGAGCCAAAUAA